UAAAGCUUCAUUUGUCGACUCAAUGGCAACCAUCAUCCUCAUUUUAUCCUCAUUUUCUCUGCAUGCCGUCUCCUUGAAGGCACGAUAGACUUCAGUUUACGUCAAAGCUCGCCACUCCUUUGCCUUUCACCAUCAGCUUUCUUUAUUUCAUCACAGAAAAACAACAAAAAACAUGUUUUCCUUUUCGGGCCUGGUUUUGGCGUGUAUCACUCUUGGUUUCGUUCUUCAUACGAAUGCUGCGUUGUCCAUUCGUAGCCUCUACGUUACUGAACCCAGCGAAGGCUCUUCUUGCCAUGGAGGUCAGAACUGUACGAUUCAGUGGCUCGACGAUGGCACCUGGCCUCUGUUGUCGUCUUUUGGGAUCAGUACCGUUGGUCUGUACACUGGAACUCAGCAACUCGUACAGAAUAUCGAACCGGUAGACACGUCUACGAUUCACUCUCUUACAUUCACACCUAUCCCAGGGGCAGGUCCUAACUCGGAUACCUACUAUAUCUGUUUCACCUCCACAUCCGUUUUUGAGAACGGAACAGCCGUCAUGGCGUUUUCUCCAUUCUUUCAACUCGAUCAGAUGUCAGGUUCCUUUGCAACACCCUUGGAAUCGGCUACAGCAAGUAUUGCCAUCCCAACCUCUUUGACGCAAACAAGUGCAGAUUCCGCCAGUGAAUUGUCUACAGUCAUAGUCGGGACACUGUCAACGUCCUUAUCUCCUCUAACCUCUUUGUCUGCAACAUCUCCUGCUACGUCUGCUUCUUCAACCACCACUUCGCAUUUCUCGACAGCUUUGACAGGAUCCACUUCGACGUCCGCGACUGCAAGUGCGGUCGCUCAAGCAGGAACCGCCAAUGGUGCACUUACCCGUGCCAAUACGGUGUCUCCGCUCAUCAUGGGUGUCCUCUCGUUAUGCUACAUCGUUGUUUGGGUUCUGUAAUUGUCCUGGUUUUGUAUAGUACAUCAUUUCUUGGCUUUACUUCUGCAUCCCA